AUGGCGGAGGCAUUGUUGCUUGCAUGCCACCUUCUCCUCGCACUCUCUCUCGUCGCUCCCUCCAUUUCCCACCUAUUCUUCUCCGCCCUCGCCCACAUAUCCCAUGCGCAUACUAACAACCAACACUUCCGCUUCCUCAGGCAUUCUCUCUUCCACCUACUCCCCGUCAUCGCCGCUCUCCCAUUCCCUUUCCUUCCCAUCGCCCCUACCUCUCGCCUCCUCCCAUUCAUCCUCCUCCCUCCUCUCCUCCUUCCACUUGCUCUCCCUUUCCUCCCGUCCAACCACCUGCAAUUCUUACGACCUAUAUUCUUGUCCCUCCCUUUAUUACUCCUUGCCCGUGCUGCCGGUAUCCUCGCCGAUGCAUUCCCCACAUCUGACCUCCAGGCCCACUUUCUCUAUGUCACCGCCCUCCUCCUCAUCACUGCCACCACUGCCUCCCUGUUAUCUGCAUUGUCGCAGCCGAGAAGUAUCCACCAUUUGUUGGCCGAGACGAUGUUUACCUUUGUUGGUAUCGUUGGUGGCCUCUGGGCUCUUCAGGGCAGCCUCAACCUCUACGUCGACUCCUACGUCCCUGCGGGUUGCCACCGAUUGAUGGAUGCAACCCUUGCACCAGCCACACGUUGCGACGUUGAUGAAGUUAGACUGCAAGCCAUUGCGGUCAUGGACGUCAUGUUGUCCGUGCAUUGCUUGAUUGCGGCAACUUUUGUGGCCGGGUUGCAUCUCGGGGUGGCAAAGUGGUAUGGGGUUGACGGUGGGGGUGUUAAUGUUGGUAUGGGAACAAGUCGGAGGCAUAAUGGUGUUGGGGGUUCAUAUGACGCCCUACCCAUGGUACCUUUGUCGUCAGGGGCCAUCGAGGAGAUGGAGCAUUUGGUUGUGAAGGGAGUUGUUGGCAAGGCCGUGGCACAGGAAUAA